AUGGACUUUUGGAGCGCUUCUCCUGCAGUGCAGGAGGAAGCGAGUCGUGGGUUGGCACUGGCCCGGCGUGAUAGUGUUACUCAGCUGGUUGAACGAGAAUUGAAGAGGGAGAGGCAAAAACAGUCUAACAGGGAGUCUGCGAGGAGAUCAAGGUUACGCAAGCAGGUAGUAUAGAUUUUUCAGCUCACUAUUGUUAACGCGAUCAGUGUCACAUGGACUCUUUAUUUUUGGAUAGGUGGUGUAUUUGAGACAAAGUUCAUCUGAUUUAUUUUUUAUUUUGCUAGAGAUGUUCAUUGACAUGACAUACAAGAGGAAAGCAAAUAUUAUUAUGCUUUAAGUUAGUAUAUGGUAUGCACACUGAUAUCAACUUUUUGGUUUCUUUUUUAUUCUCUUGUAAGACUACAAUGAAGAAGAGUGGACAUAUAUGAUGUAUAUGUCAGCACAGGAAGAGGAAGACAGAGUAGUGAAGUGAGCCUUCAUAUUCUUGUGACAAUGCUUCACAAGUUAGCACCUGCAGUGAAAUCAAUGAAUCUUUUUCCUUGUGACAGCUUAUUUAUUUUGUUCUCCCAUUUUCCUUGUGUAGAAUUUUAGAGAGUGGUAAAGGAACUGACCAAUACAGUAAGAGUUCCAGCAAUACUGUCUCAAUAGAUGAACUAGACAAACUAUUCUACAAUAGUUGUUGAUGAUGUUGUUUGAAAAAUGAGCUCAACAGCUAUAUAUAUGUACAAUUGCUGCUCUAAAUUAUUUUGCUAUAACUGAAAAGUGAAACCUAAUUUAAGGAUAUUUGCUUUGCCUGAUAGAGAAGUAUUUGAUAGGAUGUCUGCUUUUCCUGUUACAUGAGUCUUGGAAUAAUUUUUCUUCCUAUGUAGUAGUUUUGCAUACAUCAAGCAGAAUAUACAAGUGCCCGUGCAUUGUCCGAUUGCAGUAUUGAGUUACAUGUUAGAUAUGGUCCUCAUAUUCCUAAAAUCGUAACAUCUGCAUUUCCAUUUUAGAUCCUUUGCUGGAAAUGAUUAUAAUCAUUGGCUUACUGAAUAUGAGAAGGAUGUAGAGAAAAAACACAUGCUUGCUGUGCAUAUGUUCACCAUAUCGCCAGGUACAACUAUAUUGAAUAAGAGCAAAGGUAUAUGAUUCUCUGUACUUUUAUAACUUGAAGUGAUGUUUGCCACUUUGCAUUGAAAAUAAAUUAUAAUACAAUCUGAAUAUUACUUGCAAUCAAUAUGCUCGAUAAGUACUUUGUUGCCUUUUCUACCAAACCUAUUUUAUUUUCCUAUUCAAGCAGACUUUUUUUUUGCAGUUCUAUGGUUCACUCUAAUUUCGACGCAAGCUUGACCGGACCUUCAUGGUGCAUGCCAACAGGUCGUCAUGAGCUUGCUUGUUAUAUGUCAGUAGUUCUUAGAUCUUGUGAUUGCUGCGGCUCCAAGUUUGAGUCUCUAAUUCUUCAAUCUUCUUGAUCAUUUGGCAGCAACGAAAACUACCUUGGAUCCUACUACUGCAGCUCAAUUUGAGGAUGACAAAGCAAUCAUGUGAGGCCCUAAUUCUUCUUCAUAUUAAAAAGUUUCUGAUGCCUAUGUUUGUGCUUACCUGAUUUGUUUAAGCCAUUUGAUUGCUAUGUGAAAUAACUCUCUGUCUUACCUCAUCUGGUAUCCUUGCAGUAAAUUCUUUUAAGCUAAAGGGCUCCUGCAAUGCAUUUGGUACUAUGCUUGGUCUCAUGGAAGUAAAAUGUGAAAUUAGUUUUCAUUUUCUCAUACAAUUCAGAGAGGAUCUAACUGGCUGGGAGAAGGCAGCCGUGUGGAUGUUGAUUAUGUUUUAAGCGUUGCCCCGGUGAGUCCUUUUCUUAAUACCUUUUGUUCCUGGUGUUUUGGUCAAGUUACAUGUUCAUGUUGUGCCAUUUUCAUCUUGCUUUUCAGGUGCUCUGUAGUUUGUAUCUUUUUCUCACAACAAAAUAAGUUUUUUAGUGAAACGUUACCAUGUUUCUCCUUAUUUAAUUUUAGUUGUGCUAUCACACUGAAUAUAGUUCUUUCACA